GUAAGAGCUGCCAGAGGCCGGAAUUAUUUCCUGGGGAAAGCGCAGCAGGCUGGGAAAGCGUUUCCGGAAGGUUGGCUAUAUCCCGCAGUUGGGCUCGAAGGCUGCUUGGGUAGGCGACGGCAGCAUAAUAGUAGCCGCCGCCGAAGAGAAGAAGACCGAGCGGCUGACUGCAGGCGCGGAGAGGGCAAGCUUGGGAGUAACAUAGUUCCGCUGAAUGCUUUGAAAACAGCUGACAACACGGGAUAAUGUGCUGACUGGCGCUAUGGGCAGGCGAUACCCAGGGGCUCACUAUCGUCAAAGCAAUUCAUUUGACUCUGGAGUGGAAACCUUGGCUGAGUUUAUGGCAAGCAACAGCGCAACAGACAUUGUGAAUCGGAACGGUCCUGCCACUCCACCCAACACCCUUCACCUGCGCUCCUCCCACAACGAACUGCUGAAUGCUGAAAUCAAGCACACGGAAGUCAAGAACAGCACCCCUCCGAAAUGCCGGAAAAAAUAUGCACUGACUAACCUUCAGACAGCCAUGGGCCUUUCUGAUCCUGCUGCACAGCCCCUCCUGGGCAGCAAUUCCUCCAACAUAAAGUUGGUUAAGAAUGGAGAGAACCAGCUUAGGAAAGCAGCAGAACAGGGGCAGCAGGAUCCCAAUAAAAACCUGACUGCUCCGACCUCUGCUGCAGGCAUAAACAUAACUUCUGAGAAGUUGGAGGGGAAAGAGCCAAACCAGCAGGAUUCUUCAGGUAGUGAAAUACUGCCCACACAACACCGGAGAACCAAGAGCUUCCUAAAUUACUAUGCAGAUCUCGAGACUUCAGCUAGGGACGUUGAUCAGAAUUACGGGGACACCCAAGUGGUGGGAGAGGAGAAACUGUCCUCUCAAUGCAACAGCCAGGGACCUAUGGUCAUUGUGAACGGGGAUGCAGUGCCUCGGAAACAAACCCUGUCAAUGAGUCCAGAAGAUGGACAGGUAGCAACCAUAUCAUCAAGUCCGGAGACGAAAAAGGAUCAUCCAAAAACUGGCGCGAAAACAGAUUGUGCGCUACACAGGAUUCAGAACUUGGCUCCAAGUGAUGAAGACUCUAGUUGGACAACACUGUCACAAGACAGUGCUUCUCCAAGUUCACCAGAUGAAACAGUAGAUAUAUGGAGUGAUCACUCGUUUCAGACAGACCCCGACUUACCGCCAGGCUGGAAAAAGAUCAGUGACAUAGCUGGGAUCUAUUAUUGGCACAUACCAACUGGAACAACCCAGUGGGAACGUCCCGUGUCCAUACCGACAGAUCUUCAGGGCUCACGAAAAGGAUCACUUAGUUCAAUUACAUCGUCUCCCACUCCAGAAACGGAGAAACAGCCAUGGAGUGAUUUUGCUGUACUGAAUGGGGGAAAGAUUAAUAGUGACAUUUGGAAGGACCUUCAUGCAGCCACAGUGAAUCCUGACCCCAGUUUGAAAGAGUUUGAAGGAGCAACGUUGCGCUAUGCCUCUUUGAAGCUCAGAAAUGUCCCACAGUGCGAUGAAGAUGAUUCCUGCAGUAUCAACAGUGACCCAGAAGCAAAGUGCUUUGCUGUUCGUUCUUUGGGAUGGGUAGAAAUGGCAGAGGAAGAUUUGGCUCCUGGAAAAAGCAGUGUCGCUGUAAACAAUUGCAUCCGGCAGCUGUCUUAUUGUAAAAAUGAUAUACGAGACACAGUUGGCAUUUGGGGAGAGGGGAAAGACAUGUAUCUUAUCCUGGAGAAUGACAUGCUAAAUUUGGUUGACCCCAUGGAUCGCAGUAUUCUUCAUUCUCAGCCCAUCGUAAGCAUCCGAGUCUGGGGAGUAGGCCGUGACAAUGGCCGGGACUUCGCCUACGUAGCAAGAGACCGAGAGACAAGGAUUUUGAAAUGCCACGUGUUUCGAUGUGACACCCCAGCAAAAGCCAUUGCCACAAGCCUGCACGAAAUCUGUUCUAAGAUUAUGGCUGAACGGAAGAAUGCCAAAGCUGUGGCUUGCACUUCGUUACAAGAACGGACGAAUGUCACCCUUGAUGUUCCCUUACAAGUAGAUUUCCCAACACCAAAGACUGAGCUGGUCCAGAAGUUCCAUGUACAAUACCUGGGCAUGUUGCCUGUAACUAAGCCAGUGGGUAUGGACACACUGAACAGUGCUAUAGAAAGUCUCAUGGGUUCUUCCAGCAGAGAGGACUGGAUGUCUGUCACCAUGAACGUUGCUGAUGCUACAGUGACAGUCAUCAGUGAAGGAAAUGAAGAGGAAAUUGUGGUGGAAUGCCGUGUGCGGUUCUUGUCGUUUAUGGGAGUGGGUAAGGAUGUCCAUACGUUUGCCUUCAUUAUGGAUACGGGAAACCAGCAUUUCGAGUGCCACGUUUUCUGGUGUGAGCCCAAUGCUGGCAAUGUAUCAGAAGCUGUUCAGGCUGCUUGUAUGCUACGGUAUCAGAAGUGCUUGGUAGCGAGACCACCUUCACAAAAAAUCCGGCCACCACCUCCUCCUGCAGACUCAAUGAGCAGAAGAGUCACAACUAAUGUAAAACGGGGGGUAUUGUCCCUCAUUGACACUUUGAAACAGAAACGCCCUGUUACCGACACGCCAUAGCAGCUUUGCGGGAAAACAAGGUUUCUUAAAACAUCUAGCAGAAGAUACAGUAGCCACAUUAAAGAAGAUGAACUGAUUUUUGGCCUUCCAGUUUAAAUUGGUGAUGCUUUGUCUUCAGAAAAUUUACCCAUAUCAAAAUAAUAUUAGACAAGCAUGUUCUCUCGUUCUUGCCACCAUCAUGUGAUAUGAAAAGAAGCAUGAGUAUUUUUAUUUUUAUUUUUUUUGCUGUGAGUUACGCAUCAUGAGAAGUGGAAGGUCUGCUUUCCAACUGUAAAUAUUAUGAACAUUACUUAACUUCACCCAUCCACAAGAAAGGAAUCUGGCACAUCACUCCUGACCCCUGGAGAGAACCAAAUCCAAAUUGAUACCAUCACCAUCCCGAGCUCGAUUUGUCACAAACAGUCCUUAAAUCCUGCUGCACUUUGUCCUCAUUUUAAACACUGAAGUACAUACCAAGUAUUAGUUACUAUUGUAUUACUGUAAUAUGAAUACUGAGCUUAUUAUUUCUUACAAAACUGCAUUCAUUAAUCAAUCUUCCAUCUUGUGCACUAUAGUAAUCAUUUUUAAUCUUUUGUGUCUGCAAGUUGAGUACGCUUCAGUAUGACAAGUUUCUUACACAAAGAGCACUUCUAAGUAGGAAAGAGUGUGCAAACAAUAUUAUAACUUGUGACAAUCACAUUUAUCUGUUCCAUUACAUAUACCAAUGCUGGGAAGGUAGCCCUGGUCACCUUUUCCCAGUAUCCAUGUAAACACAACAAAAUAGAUAGAUGUGCAAUAUUGUCACAUCACACAAACAUGUAGUUUGUGUGCAUUUUCUUAUGUUGAAGUGCUGCCCAUGUGGGAAAUCUGUCAUACUUGAAGUAGCCUUCAGACUUGAAAUUGUGUUUGUUUAAAUGCUAAAUCAGAGUUCAGAAAACACUUUGGGAAGACGUGUUAGCUUUCUGUUUUGAGACAGACAAACCCCAGCACUGGUGACACUGAGGCUUAAGUGCCCCUUACAUUGUCAUAGAUGCUGGCCUGUGUGUUUGUAUAUAUUCAGCCUGAUACAUGGGGAAACUAAGAAUUGGCUUAUGAGUCUAGGAUAAAAAAAAAAGUAAAACAAAACCAAUGGCCUUCCCCUAUGACAAGGUGCAUGCAGUAGAAUAGGCCCAUGCAUUGAAAAGUGUAAGUGGUACUUGACAAAGUAGCAAACAGAUAUCAGUGCAUCAGAAAUGGAGUUUCAGUAAUACAGCAUGAGAAAAACAUCUUUAAUGAGAAGGGGAUGGAAAACUCAUGUUACUUUCCUUACUAGGUUGUCUUGUGCAACUCUAAUGGUGAGUUUACAUGAUUUUUUCCUUACUUGAGUUUUAACAUUGGAAAUAGGUUCUAUUUCACUGCUUCCCACCAAGGCUGGGUGCUGAGCCAGUAGUUUUAUGGCACACAUUAAUUAAAUUUUUGCUGUGCAAGAUCCAUUCUAAUUUGCAGGCUUCUGAGAAACUAUAUUUUACUGCAAGUUAAACUAAGAAAUUAUACAUUCUGUAAUAGAUUUUGUGUGUUUAAUGCAGAAGUCAGACAGUGUUUGACCUCUGAAAUUCCAAGGAAAAUUUGUCAUGUUGCAGCUUCCAUGACAAACACCACAGGGAAGUUCCUUCUAACUUCUAAUUGCACCUUACAUUGUGUGUUGUUUCAAGUGGCUCUUUAAUGUUUUUCAUGUGUACUAUUUAUCAUUCAUAUAAUAUGUAGCACAAGUUCACCUGCAAAGGAAAAGCCUUAGAACCCCAUUUAUGCUGUGGUCAGUCAUGCCUUUGGGCAGUGGUAGAAGUCAGGCUAGUACAGUGUAUCGGAUGGACAUGCCGGAAGGGCAGGGAAACCAGCCAUGGCUUUUGCACACCUUCUCUUACCUCCCUGCUCCCACUACCCAGAGCACAGAAAACCUUUCACAGAGAACAGGAGAUGAUAUACAUUAAUGGCUUCAGAAAUGCCCCUCUCCCUGACAUUUUUUCCCCACCAAAAGAUGAUGAAUGCAAUCUUACCUCCAAUUUGUACAAAACGUUUGAGCUGCAGAGGGGGAAGGCUAAUCAGCGUAAGACUCACUCACUCUCCUGCCAUGUGCGCAAAAGGCAUGUGUGAAUCAGCUUACAGCAGCUUUCCGGCAAGCUGGCGUUGUCCAGCAGUGUUGGGACUAUAUCUCCCAUUUCCCUUGUGGAUUGUAACAGGUGUAGUCCAACUUAUCCAGAGGGCAUAAACUUGGGGAAGGCUGGCCUAUCGUGCCCCAACAAGGCAGUAGGUAGAAUGCCAGCCUUUAAAAAUGCAGCAGGAAUAGAGAGAUUACAAAACACAAAUCACGUCCCAUGCGAAUACUGUUUCUGUUUAGGAAAGGUGUGUACAUAAGCAUGCAGGACAGGUGCUCAAAUCUGUUUUGCCUACAUUUGAAGCUAUUAGCUAAUUAUAGCUUCCCACCAUGAGCGUACACAGCAAAGUAGAAAUGUGUGUUGUGCCCGUACGCACACUCUUCCUUCACACAAAAAAUGGGAGCGGGCAAUAGUUUGUUAUAAACUGGUUCUGAGGCAAGUGAAAAUGGCUGGAGAAAAAUACUACAAAAGGGAGAAACUGGGAACAGGACAGCAAGAACCAACAUGAAGUGCUUAAAAGAAAAUCUCUGCAGCCGCAAGUACUUUCAUUUUUCUCACACCUUUUCUCUCCCCGAAAGGUUCUCUUCCUUUUUACUCGUACUCCAAGGAACAGUAGCUGCUGUCAAGAAUUGUGCUAACUUGUUUUACAUUAUCCAUAGGCAACAUAAGACUACUUUACAUGUGCAUAUUUGUCUCUUGGUGACUGGAACAUCAAGUAGCGACUUGCAUGUGUUAUUGUGCCACCGUUCCGCAUCCCUUUCGUAUCACCUUACACUGCUUCUCAGUGGAGCAAUUCAUGCAUUCCACUGCAGGUCCUCAAGUACUGAAUAAUCAUACAUACAUGUGUAAAUUACAGCCCACAAUGCUCAAGAUCUACCAGAUGAAAAACACAUUUAUAAUGGUCUUCCUCCAUUUUAAGAGGUAUUUAUUGCAGGGUAAUAAGACCAGAAUGCAUUAAGAUACACAAAUCUUUUUAGUUUAAAGAAACCCUUUUUAUUUUCGAGUUAACUGACAUCACCACCUAUGCAAAGGAAGUAUAGGGGAAUUUGUCUUCUGUGUGGGAAAAGAAAUAACCCUAAAGGAGUACAGCUGCAUAGUUUAAUAGAUGUAAAAAAUUAGGGUUACAGACAAGUCAAGCACAUAGUACUUUUAAAGUAGGCAAAUUCUUGGCUCAAUCUUAGCCAAGUACUUCCAUUCUCAGCUCAUGUAAAGAAACAUCAGUUUUUCACAGGAAGUGCAUGCUGGCUAAUGGCAGGCAUCCGUCUCAAUAGUUAUUCGUAACAAUUCAGUAAAUUGUACACAAAUAGGUUUUUUAAUUAUUACAUGGCUAUUCCCUAUGAUCACAGCUACUUCACAGGAAAUUAAUCCUAGCUACUUUACAGGAAAUUCAGUUGUAUCUAAUUAUCCAGCAGAUAGUUUCUGGAGCACAACCUUUUCACAUUCAGCAGAAAUGCUAGAUAGAAAUGAACGCUAAAGGCAUCAAGAAAACAAAAUACCUUUUUUAAAGUAGUUUUGGAUUCAUUGCCACAUUGUGUUUAGUUUUCAGUGUUAAGUUGCACUAGCUGAGAGUGGCAUCUUCAUUCCAUAAAUCAAACGUUUUAUACCUAGCCAGGAAACUUACUUAGCUGAACUUUGUUUAUGGAACUUCUACGUACAGAGGCAGUAUAUUUCUCUGACUACCAGAUGCUGAGGACAAACACAAUAGGAAGGCCAUCAUCUUUAUGUCCUGCUUGUGAGCUUCCAGAGGCAUCAAGGUGACCACAGCUGGAAACAAUGCCGGAUUAGAUGGAGCUUGGUCUGAUCCAGUAAGGCAGUUCUUUUCAUGAAAAACACAA